CAUCUUGUCACCCUACCGAGUUACGAUCGUACGCCCUUUCCUCUGCACUUGUUUUGAGCAGAGCACUGCUUAUCUCAAUUCCCCCUCUUGCUCGCUGCUCUUCGGUAACAUGGACGGAGCGCUUGCAGCCGCCAUCAAGCAAGGCAAGGCCCUCAAGAAGGCUCAAACGAAUGACCGAUCUGCUCCGGCCAUUGCGGGCUCCGUAGGUGGCAGUGGGGGCGGCGGUAGGCCUGCUGGCUCAGCUCCGCCUGUGCCCGGAGCAGCAGCUGCUUCAGCCAUGGCAUCGGCUGCAGUGACGAAGAUGACAUCGUCUGGACCGCCAAACCUCGGAGGACUGUUUGCUGGCGGCAUGCCUACGCUGAGAUCAGCUUCGGGUGGCUCUACAGCUCCCAAACCUCCGGGACGCCCAGCUCCUCCUCCUGCUUCUUCAGCACCUGCACAACCUCCUCCUGCUCGAGGAGUACCCACACCUCCGCGAGCCUCAGCACCGCCUCCACCGGCACCCCCCAAUCGUCCGACAGCGGCAGCACCUCCACCACCUCCUGGUAGACCCGCUCCGCCAGCGUCCGGACCUCCUCCCCCUCCUCCUCCCCCACCUGGAAGGCCGGCCUCAUCAGCUCCUCCGCCGCCGACGAGGCCUACAUCUUCAGCACCUCCUCCUCCACCUCCCCCUCCUGCUGCUCCACCUACGCCGAGCCGGUCCACUCUGGCGCCAGCUGCCCCGCCUCCGCCUCCACCUCCGCCAGGACCUUCGAAAGGUGCUCCACCGCCUCCUUCGCGCCCGUCUGCCGUACCACCUCGAGCACCACCGCCGCCUCAGCCUCAAACCUCGGCUCCUUCCACUCCCUCACGGAGCGUUCCAGCCCCACCCUCACGCCCGGCUCCUGGAGCAUCAGCGGCUCCACCUCCCGCACCUCCACCCCCUCCUCCUCCUUCGGCGGCGCCGUCCACGCCUAGUCGUAGUGUCCCGACAGCGCCUUCGCGAUUGGCACCUAGUGGAGCAUCAGCAGCACCCCCUCCUCCAGCGCCUUCGCGAUUGGCACCUAGUGGAGCAUCAGCAGCACCCCCUCCUCCAGCGCCUCCCCCUCCCCCGCCAGCGUCCCGAGCGCCAGCCCCUCCUCCACCCUCGCGGGCACCAGCUCCUCCUCCGCCUUCCAGAUCCACUCCGACGUCUAGGCCGCCGCCUCCCCCUGUAGCUGCAUCUGCAGCUACUAACGGCAGUGGUCGCAGUACUCCAAUUACGAAUGGUGCCAACGGUGCUGCGCCCCCUCUUCGUAACUCCAUCGUCGGGCCUCCAUCCAACGGCUACGGGGCCGGCGGCGGAGGUGGUGGUGGCAGAAGUAAGUGAUCUGACCUUUGUGCAACGUCCGAGAAAGAGAUGGCUGACCGAAACCUUGCUCACCACCUUGCUUUUGUCUUCAGUUCCUGAUCCACCUCCCACAUCAGGCUCGCUCUCCUUUACCCCGUCUUCCAAUUUUCCUCCCCCUCGAGCGUUCCGUGGGAGCGUGAAGAAGUACCCGGGCGGAAAGGCCAGAGGAAGUACUUUCGACUGGGCGUCCAUCUCCUAAAGGGUCUGCGGUGCACAGUGGACACAUUGAGAUCAAGGCGGGCAGACGCUCCAUCCACCUGUAUAACGCCUCAGUAGCUUGAUCUUCUGCAUGCAAGCCAGUACCCACAGUCAAUCUAUGCUCGUUCUCCAUGCAGUCAUCGUUGCCAACUUGUAUGCUCGC